AAGGAUACUGUACCAGUGUACAGAGACAGUCACAGGGCACAGGGGAGAUAAAUAUUUACUUGACUUGUAAGAAAACAAAUUUUGGAUAUAAACAAGCGACCAUGGGGAUUACGUAUUCUUCAUCUAAGGGAUACAGGGCCAAAGGAUAUGCCUGUCCAGAUGUGGUGAAAUGUUACCCAUCUAGAACCUACAAAAAGUUCCCUGUGCACAAAGUCAAAGGACCAGGCGAGCUAAUACAGACAUUACGCAUUCUUCCCAAUUACUCUGUGCAAAAUCCAGCCAUUGACGCAUGGUGGACGUUUUGUCAGUUUUUCCCAAACAAUGACAACAUUCUUUUCUCAACAUCAUCACCAUUCCAAAUUUUGCAUGGAUCAGUAUGGAAAAAAGUUUCUGCAAUGCCUUGUGGAAAAGUAAUGCAAUAUAAUCUUGAAGGUGCAAAAUGUGGCACAGUCCCUCAAGCGACAUGUGAAGGAUUUCCAAAACUCCAGAUAAGUCCAGAUGGAGUCAAAUUCACAACUUUAUCCACAUCCAGCAUCAGUGAACAUUUUGUUCUUUACAAAACAAUGAACCCAAUCAUUAAGAGGGCACACGACCCUUCCCUCACCCAGUACAAAGACUAUGCCACUUCACCUAAUGGAAGUUUUUAUGCAAUCCUCGCAAAAACCUCUUCAAGUUGUUAUACAUUUUUUGUGUUUGGGUCAUGCAGUUUAUUGCAUGCUGAAGCUGUGAUAAAAGUUGAUGACCUAUAUCCCACCAUAAAGCCUCCACCCCUGUCCUUAACAGAAAGAACAGACAUAAAGUGGUCACCAGACAGCAGACAGGUUGCUGUAGGACUCUCUAGGGGGCAGUUAAUUGUAAUUGAUUGGAGGAAACUCCAAGGGGUCUGUAGUGUUUUUGAAGAUGUGAUUUCUGACUAUGAACUCUGUGGUCCAUCUACUUUUGACUUUGACCCCAGAUCCCAACACUGUGUCAUGGCUGUUGCUGCCAAUGACAUGAUUUUGUACAGAAUCAAUACUGAUGAAAAAAAGAGGCUUGGCUCCUCAGACAAUCUUGGAAGUUUUGUGGACUGUCUCAAGUACUCAUAUGAUGCCAACUGUAUUGUGACGUCCCUAUUUAACCUAAGAAUCAAAGUUCUUGAUGCAGAUGAACUUUGUGUAUUGUUUGAGAUUAACCUGACUGUAAGUUGUCCAGAUUUUAUGGAUGUUUCAGCUAAUUUAGGGUCCAUCGUACCCAACGUGACAUGCCUGGCUAUCACGGCUACGGGAGAACAGGUGGCUAUUGCAUGCUGGGACAGAAAAAUUCGAAUACUACAGCUACCAAAAGUGUUAAAUCUUCAGUGUAUGUGUAAAUACACUAUUCUGAGUGUAGUGAACCCAUCUAAUAUUAUGAAGCUUCCCUUACCACAUCUGCUUAAGGACUAUCUAUAUUCCCUUCCUUUCAAUCCAUAGUAUAAAGCUUUGGAGGAGCAAAUCAUGAAUCAUUAAACCUUCCUUAUUAUUCAGUUUUUGAAGGAUGAAUGAUCAAUGCAACACUAUUAUAUGUGAGAAUUAAUAUCACUGAGACUAAAGUGUAAUUAGGAAGUGUUGUUGAAUUUGAUUAAUAUGUAUUGCAAUUGUGUAAUCUUUUCAUAUUUACUCAUCCUCGCAAGCAAGGGGUCUCGAGUCAACACGUUGCCGUUGGACCCCUGGCAUAUUUCAUUCAAUAUUUGUGGGCUGACUGUAGCGACAUCUUUCGGAAAAAUUACAAAUCUUGAUUGUUUUUCUUAUCUCUCAACCAAUCACAUUAAGCCAUUCUAUGAUAAACAACUUGUAAUACGUGCAUUUGAGGUGUCAAUUGAAUCCUUAUCUAACUAUUUUUGAAAGCUUUAAUUUGAUUGGUGCUUCUCAAUGAGAGAAGCAAGCCCACGAAUAUUGAAGGAAAUAUGCCAGGGGUCCAAUGGCAACGUGUUGACUCAGGACCCCUGGCUUGCGAGGAUGAUAUUUACUAUAUGACCACUUGUGCAAAGUUUUUCAACACUUGAAAUUGUAUGACAUGCUUGUGGAUCUAGCUAAAAUUACCGGUAAACAAGUCAAAUAUUGUCACCUUAUAAUCUUAGUACAGCAUAUAUCAUUUGUAGAUCGCUGUAACAUUAUGUAAUAAACUGAAACUCGGGCAUCUGUUCAACAGUAUAAAAAUAUACCGGUACAUUUAUUUAAAUCUGUCUACAACACAUCUCAGAAUAGAAUAUAUGAGAAUCCUGAACAAAAAAACUUGUACUACUCAAACAACUCUGAGAAAACAUUAUCACCGUAUCAAAAUUGGAUGCAUAACAA